AUGUCCCUCCAAGCCCAUGCGCAAGCCCUAGUCACCUCCCUCUCCCAGGCAGCCCUGGUGCCGGGCUCCGCGCCACUCAUUCCAGACGACUUCAAGCCUACAACAGAGCUCAACGUCACUUUUGGCGAGAAAGCUGUGAACCUGGGGAACCUGUUCCGCGUUAGCGAGGUGAAGUCGGCACCGACGGUUUCGUUCGUGAAGGAGGAACAAUCCCCCGAAUGUCAAUUGUACACGCUGCUCCUCGUCGAUCCUGACGCCCCAACUCCCGACGACCCCAAGUUUGCCUACUGGCGGCACUGGCUCGUUUCCGGCUUGACUGCCUCACAGAGCAUAAACGCAGAGUCUGCAAAGACGUUGACGGAGUAUCUUGGGCCGGGACCAAAGGAUGGUUCGCGCCCUCAUCGAUAUCUCUUCCUCCUUUUCCGGGAACCGGAAGGGUUGGCAUUGAGCAAGGAAGACGUUGGCGGUGAGGAGUUUGUUCAGAGACGGUCGUUCCAGGCGGCGGAGUGGGUACAGAAGCAUGGGCUGGUGCUAGUUGGGGUGAAUUGGAUGUUGGGGGCUGGAGAUGGGUGGACGGAGAAUUCCCUUCCUCUGCUUCUAGGAGUAGCUUUUUUAUAUCUUUUGUCCAUGUUUGUUAUUACGUCUAUCACAGUGCCCCCCUACACAUCCAUGACAACUGUACCUGUAUCUUAA